UGACAGCGCGGCGGGCUGGGUCAGGAGGUGCGCGUGCGCGGCCCGGCCCCGCUGAUCGCUUCGGGCGCUCGACUCCUGUUGCGCAUGCUCAGCGCGCUGCCCGGCCGGGGACCCGCGCAUCUGCAGCGCCCGCUGCUCGGCCCUGCAUCCCGCCUGGGCAUCCUGCACCCGGCCAUGACGGCGCACUCAUUCGCCCUCCCGGUCAUCAUCUUCACCACGUUCUGGGGCCUCAUCGGCAUCGCCGGGCCCUGGUUCGUGCCGAAGGGACCCAACCGCGGAGUGAUCAUCACCAUGCUGGUCGCCACUGCCGUCUGCUGUUACCUCUUCUGGCUCAUCGCCAUCCUGGCGCAGCUGAACCCCCUCUUCGGGCCCCAGCUGAAGAAUGAGACCAUCUGGUACGUGCGCUUCCUGUGGGAGUGACCCGCCGCCCCCGACCCAGACUCCCAGAAGCAGUUUAACUUCACUGAGCAGCUCAGCUCAGCUUGGAGGUUGAGAGUGCAGAGCCUACACAACUGGAUCAAAUUCCAGCUCUACUGAUGAUUAGUUGAGUGAAAGUGACUUAAUCUUUCUGAGCUUUGUUUUUAUUGAUGAAUCAGGAUAAUAUUAGUAGCACCUGCCUCAUAGAAGUUGUGAAUAUGAACUGAGAUAAUGGACUAAAGUGCUUAUCUGGUCGAUAAAUGCUAUUAAUUUCAUUAUAUUUACAUAUUACUAUUUAAUUCCAUGCCAUAUUUUAUUCUGCCAGGAUCUCAGCUUCCUUCCCCUUUUCUUUUCCUGUCAUGGUCACCACACUGGUACACUUUGUGGAAGAGAAGGUGGCAAGUGCCCUGCGUGCUUUUAUAUGUGAGACAGGACCUGACGAAUAAGUACUAUGAAAAAUACCUGGGGCCUGCUUAUGUAUCUGUAUUUUUGUGUUUCCUGUCAAAUGUCUUUAAUGUAUAAAUGUACAUCUUCUCAGUAAAAACACAAAUGCUUUUGGAGGAUGGGGGGAGGAAGCAGAUACUAGAAUUGGCAUGCUGUUUCUAAAGCCCUCUGGGAAAAACAAACACGUAAGAAAUAACCAAGAUAUUCCUGGAAAAGCAGAGCAUUGAGAGGGACACUGGCACUCCAGAUACUAAAAAGUCUAAGAUAAAGAUACCAUUUGCAAGGCUACAGAAAUGCAAACAGUGGGGCUGGCACAUGAACAUACAGACCACUCAAGGGGAGAAAAUAACAGUCCAGAAAUAAAUUUACAAUCAGGAAUUAAGAAUAUGAUAAACAGCAGACACAGUGUCUCACACCUGUAAUCCCAGCACUUUGGGAGGCCAAGGCGGGUGGAUCCCUCGAGUCCAGGAGUUCGAGACCAGGCUGGGCGUCAUAGUGAAACCCUGUCUCCACUAAAAAUACAAAAAUUAGCCGGGUGUGUGUAGAGGUGUGAGCCCAUAGUCCCAGCUACUCAGGAAGGCGAGGUAAGGGAAAUACUUGAGCCCAGGAGGUUGAGGCUACAGUGAGUAGAGAUUGUGCUCCUGCAUUCUGGCCUGGGCGACAGAGUGAGACUGACUCAAAAAAAAAAAAAAAAAAAAAAAGACUAUGAUAAACAUAGCAAACCAAAUACAUAAGGAAGAGAUGAGUAGGGCAAUGAACAGUGUCCAGAGUCCCAGCAGCAAAACAAAUACAAAAUGGAAAGAAACUAUAAAUGUACUAGAAAAAAAACUGGAGAAUUUUUAAAAUUAUCAUGUAAUAGGGAAGGUCUAUCUCAGGGGAAGAAAGAAAGAAAUCCAGAGGCUAUGAAGAUAAAACUUCAUACAUUUAACUAAGUUAAAAUUUACAUUUUCUUCAAGGCAAAAACCAUACAAGUAGAUAAAUGAGCAAAUGACACAAAAGAAUUCACAGAAGAAGACAUAUAAAAGACUUUUGAGCAUGAAGAGAUGUUAAACAUAAUUUAGUCAAGGAAAGCAAAUUAAAACAGCAAUGUAACCGCCUUAUUACCUUAUUAACCUCCUUAUUACAGAGAGCGAGACUGUGAUAACAGACUGUAGGUCUGUGCUGGCUGCUGCAGUGCAUCUCCCCAUGCUCUUGGUGCUCCCAUACACGCCAGGCGCCUUCCAGGUGCCAGCACUGGCUUCUUUCCUUGGCAGCAGGCUGGACGUACCAUCAGGAGUUGGUAUAUAAACUGGCUCCCAGAGCUGCCUGUAGUGUCGCUGACUUGCACAUGUCCUGGAUGGCCUACUGGGCCCAGAAAAGGUGAAAUGUGAGGAGCACACUAAUCACAAAAUGACCUGAGCCAAGUCGAGCCAAUCCUGGGCUAGAUUGGCCAAACCCCAUGAUAUGGUUUGGCUGUGCCCCCACCCAAAUCUCAACUUGAAUUGUAUCUCCCAGAAUUCCCCUGUGUUGUGGGAGGGACCGGGGGAGGUAAUUGAAUCAUGGGGGCCAGUCUUUCUCAUGCUAUUCUCAUGAUAGUGAAUACGUCUCAAGAGAUCUGAUGGAUUUAUCAGGGGUUUCUGCUUUUGCUUCUUCAUUUUUAUCUUGCCGCUGCCAUGUAAGAAGUGCCUUUUGCCUCCUGCCAUGAUUCUGAGGCCUCCUUAACCUUGUGGAACUGUAAGACCAAUUAAAUCUCUUUUUUCCCCA